AGGCAUCCUACUGUGUAUUUCGUACACAGGAGGUUGAUAUGGCAUUCGAGACAUGCCCGCACAAGGUUGGUGUCGACAGAGUCAUGAAGUCUGCAACGUUACUGCCAAUGACGUUGUAACGAGUGGGUUCAGCCCGGGUUAAGCACGCAGAGGCAGCGUCUCCGGGGUCCGGGGAUACCGUGUGGGUUUCGUUCUCUUGUCCGACGAAUGUUCCGAGACAUCAGGCCCAGACACAACCUCUCUUCAACGUUUCGACCGACCAAAUAUGGGGCUGGGGGGAAGGGCGGAAGCGGGCGGGCACUGCCGAGGACCCCACAUGAAGAUCUUGGAGAUUGCGCUGUCAAGCCAUGACAGGGCAUGCCAGCACAGGGAAGGGGAAGGAAGACUCUUUUGCAGACCGACAGCACACACACGCGGCGGUGCCAUCACAUCAAGCGUUAACCGCUUUUUGAUAAGGGAAGGGUUUGUUGAGAGAAGGGACAAGGGGCGGGGAAGCAGGGUCCGGCAUAAUGCAAGCAUCUUUUAUUGGUGGAGGUUGCAUCGCUUCGCAGGUCUCGCGGUGCGGCCUUUCGCCGGCGCAAAUGCCCUGUUUUCGUGUGCAGAAUCUGGUCACUUUCAACGCAGAUAUAUCUCAACGUUGAACAUGGCGGUUGUGGUGUCACCUGCGACAUGGGCGGGUGGGAAGGGGUUCUCCCCCCAUGUGUGUCUCGUACCAAACUUGAAUUUUGCCCGCUCUACCGUUGAAAAAAAAAGCAUCCGAACAUGCCGCCAUCGGAUGAUGUGCGUCUCAGGAUCAACGCAUGGCCUGUGCGUCCCGCUGCUCGCGUCGGGCAGUGUGGAGACGGGCAAUCGUGGAACAACGUCUCGAAUCCGACGUCGUUGGCCCCGCUUGGCCUCAAACUGUUUGAUGCCCACAUGCCGUGCUUGGAAACCGAGAAAAUCUCCCACAGGAUUUUGAUCGACUAUGUGGUGUAGGAAAUCCCGCAGAAUAAACGGCGGUAUGCACCCGACGUAUGAGACAAAUAAUCGCAACCAACAAGAAGCCGGAAACGGAACGCCGGUGGUUUUGGGCCGGUCACUCGAGCUGCUCUACCAGACCAGCUGUUCUAGCCCGGUGUGUGGAGAGAUGCAGGAGAGUUGCAGCCAUACACCUGUGGCCAAGCUGCACCUCUUGGCGGGGAAAAGGUUCUGGCAUCCGGCGGUCCCGUCAGGAGGCGAGAUGAUGCCCAAGGAUUCGGCGGCCCGAG